ACAGCGAGACCUUGACACUUAGUGAGGUCCCACACUCCCUUUUCUCCUCGCAACACAUUUAUGGGUGCUGGACAUAAAUUUUGCUUGCGAUGCUCAAACUAUGCAAGCUGAACUGAUAAGCUGCUCAAAAUGUAUUAAAGCUGACUGAUAAGCAGUGCAAGAAUGAUUACAGGUCCUAGGACCAUUAGAUUUACAAGUUUCACAUUGUGUCCUUUAAGAAAAACAAAAUCAUCAAUUUCUGUGUGAAGUGACCUUUUAACAUUAUCAUAUAUCAGUAUCUGCUAUGCUGGCAUCCACAACAUCAUACAUUUUGCACAUACCGUGCAGAGUUUUUAAAGCUUGACCCAUUUUCACUUGUCGUGCAAUAUGCCUGUUAUGGAACAGAUAAUAGUGGUUAGUGUUUCACUGUCCUGUUACCACAAAUCUGAAAAACCACCUAGCUAGCAUUGGUUUGUUGUUAGCCAAAGCUAACUAGCACUGAGAUGGGGCUAUAAGUUCCUGUUCUCAGAAGAAGCUCGACUGGGUCAGUUCCUUUAGAUGAUAACAUCUUUCAUACACACACACACACACACACACACACCCCAAAUUGAUUGGUGUGGAACAAAAUUAGUUGACUAUUCAGUUUGCAGUAAUACUGCUCCUUUGAUUUUUGAUGCUAUUUUAAAGUAUUUGCUGGAGUUUGAGUAACAGCAAUGUUUAACAGAAAGACAACCAGGCCUGUUUUUCCCAGAAAGUUUCUUACUGAUCCAACUAUUCUUUGUCUCAACUUUAAAUGUCAAGUUAACAAGGCUGUCAGCAAACUCUCUCUUUGUUAUGUACAAGUUUUGUAAAUGUAUUAUUUAUGUAAAAGUAUCUCGCAACAUGUUUUGUUGUCACGAUGUCAAAUGAGCUUCAGAGCUGCAUUAUCAUGAAAACACUAAUCUACACAAAUUCCUAGAACACUUUAUCAUUACAAUCAUUAUCAUGUUGCAAGUGCAGAUAAAACUGCACACUAACACACACACGCACAGUGAGAGAGAGAUGAAGGAAAUGUUACAUAAAAGCAUCCUCAGCCUCCUGGAUGAUCAGACAGACAGCAGAAGGGGUGAACUGCCAGUUCUACAGUUUAACAAGGGUCAAACUCAGAAUGAACGUCCACCUCGUCUGGUUCUUCUGCCUCUUUGCAGGACUGUGGGUUGAAAGCGCUGCCUUAACAGUUUUUCAGAGAAAUGAAGGAGGAAAUGUCUCACUAUUUUGUCCCUUCUCUUCGUCCGAACACACCAAGUUCUUCUGUAGGAAUGAAUGUAAAGAAGAAGACAUCCUCAUUAGAACAGAUGAGAACAGAACUCAGAGCGGCAGAUACGGCAUUGAAUGUAAAUACAAAUCAUCUGAGCAAGGAAUCCUGAUUUUGAACAUCACACAUCUGACCAAGUCUGACUCAGGACGGUACAGGUGUGGGCUGGGCACAGCACUGGGCCCAGACCCAUACAAAGACUUUGAGAUCAGAGUUCUACAUGCACUGCAGCAUGGAAACACUGAAGAAAUCAACAUUUAUAAGGCAGAUGAUGGAGGAAACGUCAGUGUCGACUGUUACUUUGGUUCUUCUCAAAGCACAAAGUUCUUCUGUAAGGAGGAAUGUAAAGAAGAAAAACUUCUCAUUGAAACAACUGGUGACCGAACUCUGAGCGGCAGAUACAGCGUCAAAUAUGAAAGAGAGCUACAUUUUUUUGUUCUACGUAUAAUCGUCAAAAAGCUGACCAAGUCUGACUCAGGGAAGUACAAAUGUGGUUCGGGCAGUUCUUUGAAUUUGGCUUCAGUCCAUACGUUCAGGAUCAGUGUUACUGAGGCAGCUGUCCCACCAGCCUCCACACCAACACCAGCAGCAGCACACAGGUUGAGCACCGCCUCAGGAAGUUUCUCACCUUCCUCACCUGAUGCCACCACCCACUUUACAGUGAUCAUCUUGGUUGUGUGUCUGCUUGUGGUUGUUGUGCUGAGUGUUGUCAUUCUGCUGUUCCUCCACAAAUGGAAGACAAACAGGAACUCAGAGAACAAGAACAUGGAGUGUGUCAGCUAUGACAGCCGUCUUCCAGCGUCCACCUGUGAAGACUCCAUCUACCAGAGCCUCGAUCCAGCCAGCAGCGACCAGGACCAGACCUACUCCACUGUGCACACAUGAGCCCAUUUGACUCUGUUACUGUGCAGAGCAACAGGUGCUUCAUUAUUCACAUGUGCGGUAGCUGUGUGCUACAGGCAGGCGUUUUAGGUAUUAUCUGUUAUUAUGGGCAUGUUUUACCUCAGGGUCAUGCAGGCAUUUAUUAGGGGGACAAAUCUGUCCAAGCCACAUUUAAUGGUAAUUCAUCUAGUAGUUGAUGAAAAUUUUCAGUCAAAACUCCAAAUAUAAUAAUAUUAUUCCCCCUUUAGAAGAGAGAAUGUACCAUUUUAUACUGUAUCAUUAAAAUUUGCUAAACAGAAAUGUCACUUGCACACCGCCUUGGCCUGUCCUUCAGUGAGCUGAUACAUUUCUCACUUUGUUUUCUAAAUCAUUUAUUCUGUAUUCAGUGUUUGAGCCAUAUAAUACACCAGAAGCUGUUCCCUUUCCGUUCCUGGUGCAGCAGAGGAGUACGUACAUUUACUGACACUGAUGAUGUCUGAAUAUAUAAACUCAGUUCAAUCUUACUGGUUCCUCAUUUUUAACCAUCUCAGUAGCUAUUGUAUUAUUACUGUGAAAUUUAGCAUUUCAUAUCUUUUUCUUUUGCUUGUUUCUGACUAAUGCCCAGUGAGCUAAAUGAUGUAUGACAGGGCAAAAGGCCUGUGUGUUUGCUUCUUGUUGGCAACUUGUGUGAUUCAGACAAAAAUGGCUGACCCAUUAAACAGCUUGUAAAUAAAUCUUAACAUAUUAUUACCACC